GUCGACUUUCGCAUCGCGAAACGGAAGGUGACUUCGCAGUGAUCGAAAAUGCUCGUUGGUUAGUAUCGCGUUUGUUCUUGUCGAAUGUGUGAAUGUUUUCCAUCGAUUUCUUUUUCGCUUAUUUGCAAACAAAUCACUCCUCUUGUUAUUCUUUUGGCACUUUUCCGCUUGUUGGAACUACAGAUAGAAGAAGCUAGCGCAAGAACUAACCUUCACUGACAUUAGGUAGAGGUCUUUCGAGCCAUUUAGACCAUGCAUAAGCAGACUUUCGUGACCCAUAUAUUCUACAUGCUUCACUUUUUGGUCUUGUUUCGGUAGACUUUAGCGCAUCAGCUCGUAGGGACUUGUCAUCUUGAGCUUCUUUGCAAGCUGAAGAUGGUCAGUGCAACCUCCCGUGGGUCUGUUUUCCGGUUGCGGCCACGACGUGGGGUUCGUGCGCGGUUUUCGAUCGGAAAAUUUGGGCCUGACGGUUCGCUGGAGGACGGUGCUGGUCCGCCGUUGGAGCAUGAACUCGGUUCAGGAGAGGAGUUGGUAACAUCCCCCUUGGAUCUCGAAGGCGAGCACCUCGAUUUUCGCGUGAAAAUAGAAGAAUUGCUUGUUCCACGUCAAGAUUCUUCAACAGUGCCCGAUGGUGCGGCGGGUUCAGCGAAGAGUGGAACGCCUCCAGGUGGAGCAUCAAAACAAGCGGGUGAUGCACUGACGAGUGCAUCCUUUGCCUCAACCUCUGGAAGAGGGCCCCAAACAGACGGCGCAUGGACACAGGUCUACUGCGGAUUACUGACGACCGAGAUGCGGUUCGUGCGACUCGAUGAAGAUACAGGAGAGAUAACAGCGGAUCCCGAUGGCGAUUACACAACUGCUGUCGGCUUUGAGGGCUAUCCAUAUCCACCCCCGACCGAAAUGCACGCGCUGCGGAGUAGGAGCCCUUCACCGUCGGCUUCAAGUCGGCCUUCUCCUGGGAAUAAGUCGGUACCUUUCGAAGAUGAGGCUGCUUUUUCCAACUACCAACUAUGUUCGUGAUGUAGCUGGUUCUGUUUCCAACAACGCGAUUUAGAACAAGCAAGUGUGAUGAGUCCCUCCGUCAAACCAUCCAGAAUAAGAUACUCAAGAAUUACAGUUUCAGGACUAAACUCAAUUUCAGCAUGCUACGUUUACAUUCAUUACAGGGUGCGGGCGGUGACAUAGACGUGGAAUUUCGAGCAUCAAGAGCGCACUUGGGAUUCGAAACAUUAUCGCCUGUGAAGGACGAACUUCCUCUGCCGGAAAAGGUUGAAUUAUAUUUUGAAACGAACUACCUUUACCAACAGAAAGGUGCGAGAAAUACUAUGCAUGAGGAACAUCUUCUACCUGAUUAUAGAACGUCUCCUAAUUUUUUGUUGGUUCAUUCUUUUUUGUUUGCAGAUGCAGACGAUAGUUCUUGUUACAUACAACAGGUUGACGAUCCGCCUCCGCGCCUCCACGAGUAUAGUCUGUCGUUGCGCGCCGAGCGACUAGAAGACAGAAUAGCCGAGCUCAAGAGGUUAAAGCUUGAAAUUGCUACAGUGGAAUAUAUGAAAAAUGGCGGUGGAGUCACACGCGAGCAAUGCCAAGACAUGAUACUGGUACAGUACAUGCGUUGAUGUGGUGAUACAAAAUAGAUGCUUGCUCAUUGCUGCAUCAAUGUAAGCUAUCCUAUUUUCUUCAUCCUAUUCGAAUUCCUGUUUUGAACGUCAUCAUAUUAGUAAGCUCUCCAUCAAUCUCAUCUUGACAUGCAGGGAACACAAGAGGAGCUCUUCGCACAGUUGGCGGAGUGGCGGGAGACAACCAUCGUCCCGAUGAAGAAAUUGCAAGCGGAGCAGGAGGCCAAGAGCGCGAAGGAAUUUGGUUGUAUGGAUCGAAAUCGGUGUGAACAACGAGAAGCAAUGGAUCUGCUCUCUCGACGUUUGCGCGAGCUCGAGUUCCAACGAUAGACUCAAGCACAUGCAUGCUGGAACCGAUUCGCAAGCACAUGCUUCUAUCAUAUGCGAUUGUGUGAAUUUUCAGAUAAAAGGAAUGCAAUAUUGUUCUUGCUGUACUUCAUGGGGGUAAAUGCAUAAGCAUGCAGUUGUGCUGCUUCAAGUAACUAUGAAUCUAUACUUCUGCGGACAAUCAUUUCAUGGGUGCACUAGUGUGGCUGUACUCUACAUUCAUUGACAUUGGUCAGAAGAUGUACAACGACGCAGAUGUUUUAUUCGUUCCCAUCAAUUCCAUAUGAAUGAGGAAAAAUAGUGAUGGCCAUCAUAUGCAUAUCACCAUUGACAUUGUACUUGCUUUCACAUGUUGUGCUCCCUUGAUAGUAUUUGCUUAUCAUAUCCAUAGUGGUAGAUCCUAAUAGAUUACAGUUGUGAUGUCAGUAUUAAGAAUUUGCACAGGAGGAGUCGCAAACUAGUGCACAGGAGUUGAAAAUUUGUGAAUCUUGAUCUUGAUGACGGUAAAAAAUUUCUUCUUGAUUUAUCUUAUCCAACACAUCGCUCAUAGCCCUAGCAUCUAUUUGCAAGCAUAAUCUACGACUAGAUGUUGACUAUUUGACUCAGACAGCAGAUCCAGAUGUAAUCCAAUAUAGAACCAACUGUGCGUCAACAAUGAAUGUUAAUGUUCUGUGGGUGUCAUAUCCACCUUUGCUUUUUGGACUCUCUUCAGGGGCUUCCACCGGCACCGCUGGUCGUCGAGAAUUCAUAACAAGUAGUGCACGACGAAGAGAAUAAAGACUUCUUAUCGACGAUGAAAGCACUAUUUUUGAAGAAAGG